AUGGCCCAGGAGCUUGGUGUGUGUGCAACUGUCCCUUCAGGGAGGACCUGUGGGUGCGAGAGGGGAAGAUCCUCAACCCGGAGAAACUCUUCUUUGACGAGAAGGGCUCUGCUGACAUCCAGCUGGACUGCAAGGACAGCAUCAUUGCCCCGGGCUUCAUCGACGUCCAGAUCAAUGGAGGCUUUGGGGUAGACUUCUCCUUGGCUACAAAUGACUUCAAAUCAGGGAUUGACCUGGUCAGUCAGAAAAUCCUCUCCCAUGGAGUGACCUCCUUCUGUCCCACCCUGGUGACCUCUCCUCCGUCUGUGUACCACCAGGUUCUCCCUCAGAUCAGUGUAAGAAAUGGUGGAGCCCACGGAGCAGGUAUUCUGGGGGCCCAUCUGGAAGGACCAUUCAUCAGCAAGGAGAAGAAAGGGGCACACCCGGAGCAUUGCCUCCGCACCUUUGAGGCAGGUGCCUUCCAGGACCUGCUUGCCACCUACGGGUCCCUGGACUGUGUCCGGAUAGUCACCCUGGCCCCAGAGAUGAAGAGGAGCAGUGAGGUGAUCCGGGAACUCUCCAAGCGGGGCAUCUGUGUCUCACUCGGUCACUCGGUGGCUAAUCUCUCCCAGGCUGAGGAGGCUGUUCAGCACGGUGCUACCUUCAUCACUCACCUCUUCAAUGCCAUGUUGCCAUUCCACCAUCGUGACCCUGGGAUUGUGGGGCUGCUGACAAGUGACAGAUUCCUGCUGACAAGGAACAAGAUUCCUGCGGGGCGGAGGGUCUUCUACGGCAUGAUCUCUGAUGGCAUCCACACCAACCCUGCUGCCCUACGAAUUGCCCACCGAGCCCACCCCAAAGGCCUGGUGCUGGUGACGGAUGCGAUUGCUGGCAUGGGGCUGGCACCAGGUCGUCACACGCUGGGUCAGCAGGUGGUGGAGAUCGAUGGGCUGAACACCUACAUUGCAGGGUGCUCAGUAGAGACCGCGUUGGAGGCAGCAUCUCUGCAUCCUGCCCAGCUCCUGGGGAUUGAACACAAAAAGGGGACACUAAAUUAUGACUCCGAUGCAGAUUUCCUGAUGCUGAAUGACGAUCUGUAUGUGCAAGCCACAUACAUUGCAGGCAAGGAAGUCUGGAGACAGGAUGCGUUAGGCAUGUGACACUGGGCUGUCCUGGUGCCCUCCGAGGCUCCCUGGCACCGUGGUUAGCAGCUUUGGUAACCACUCCACUUCUCUUUUUUUUUUUUUUUUUAAUUCCUUCCUGCAACUCCCUUAAAGGAGCCUCAUACCAAAGAGCUGCGUUUUCCAGCGCAACUGCUGCUUCCAGUUACAGCCAUGCCUGCAACAAAUUUGUUGGUGCUCAGUUGGUGGAGUGGGGAAAGCAGGCAGAUCUGUGCUGGGGGGGAUUGUCAGUCCCCAGAGUGACCUGAAGGACUGCACAGUUGUCCUGCAUGGAGUCCCCA